GGAGAAGCACCAUGCCCGCACCUCGGCAGCGCGUUUCUGCCCCGACGCCAAAGCCUCAAGGCCGCGCCGCUGCCGCCCGCCCCGCGGAGGAACGAGAACGGGCUCGGGGAGCCGGAAGGCAGCGCGUCGCCGGACUCCCCGCUGGCCAGAUGGACCAAAUCCCUGCAUUCCUUGCUGGGAGAUCAAGAUGGUGCCUAUCUUUUUCGGACCUUCCUGGAAAGGGAAAAAUGUGUGGAUACCUUAGACUUCUGGUUUGCCUGCAAUGGCUUCAGGCAGAUGGACCUUAAGGAUACCAAAACUUCACGCGUCGCCAAAGCUAUAUACAAAAGGUACAUCGAGAACAACAGCGUCGUCUCCAAGCAGCUGAAGCCUGCGACCAAGACCUACAUAAGGGACAGCAUCAAGAAGCAGCAGAUAGAUUCUGUCAUGUUUGAUCAGGCGCAGACUGAGAUUCAGACUGUGAUGGAGGAGAACGCUUACCAGAUGUUUUUAACUUCUGAUAUAUACCUCGAGUAUGUGAGGAGUGGAGGAGAGAAUCCCGCUUACAUCAACAGCAACGGGCUGGGGAGCUUAAAAGUUGUCUGUGGCUAUCUCCCGACCUUGAAUGAAGAAGAGGAGUGGAGCUGUGCAGACUUCAAAAACAAACUCUUGCCUUCGGUAGUUGGACUAUCCAGCAAGACGCUGAGGGUUACGGCGAGCGUCCGAGCUACGGAAACGAUGGAGAACGGAUACAGGUCCUUCAAGAGGAACGAUCCCGUUAACCCAUACCAUGUGAAUUCUGGCUAUGUUUUUGCCCCAGCAACCAGCGCGAACGAUAGCGAGAUAUCUAGCGAUGCCCUGACGGACGACUCCAUGUCGAUGACGGACAGCAGUGUGUGA